AGAGACACCACCGAAGAAGAAGAACCCGGAAGUGAAGUUUGAGGAUCAACGGAGCAGAAGCAGCGCGUGCGUUUGUGUUGGUGGAAUAAUGGAAGGUGAGAGAAAACCUGAAACACACCUGAACCCGCAGCCGUGUGUGUGUGUGUGUGUGUGUGUGUGAGUGUGUGAGAGAGAGAGAGAGAGAGAGAGAGAGAGAGAGAGAGAGAGAGUGUGUGUGUAUGUGUGUGUGUGUGUGUGUGUGUGUGUGUGUGUGUGUGUGUGUGUUCCAGGGACACCUCAGACCUCUCAGGUGAGGGUCAGUCUGACUCUCUUCAGGUCUUUUCCAGGUGAAACUCGUAAUGAAGUCGUGACGUCAUGGGUUUGUUUACAUUUUCUCGCCUCGUGAUUGGUCAGCUUUAACUCCCCAUCAGAUUCACUGAAUUUGAACCUUUUUAGUUCCGAUCCGCGAACAUUUCACAUUCAACAGAUCCAGAAUAAAACUUGAUCAUAAAAAAUCUGUUUAUAUUAAAGUGUUUAAAUUAACUUAUUUAUUUACCCCGAAUACUUUGACUUCAAUUCCCCCUCUAACAUUAGCAUUUAACACGGACACUGAAUAUUAACGUUUAACAUUUUUAUUUCACAUUUAUUUAAUAUUCACAUGAUGUUUCGGACAAAAGUUCUUGAAUUGAACGUUUUAGAUUUUAUUUUUCACUUUUCCGUUUUCUUCAUAUUUCUCGUUUUUUUUUCUCGUCUUUUCACGUCGUGUUCUUCAGGUCAGUCCAGUGACAUCACUGCAAACUCAGCGAACAGGAAGUCCUCCGCUGUCACAGGAAGUGCGAGAAAAAUUAAAGACAACGCAGCCGACUGGCACAACCUGAUGAUGAGGUGGGAAAAACUCAACGACGAAGGAUUCAGCGAGGCGACGAACAUCGUCAACAUCAGACUGUCACGGUGAGUUUGAUUCUGUUCGGUUAAGGUGAGUUUAGGUUUAAGGCUAACUCGUCUUAAUUAGUCUUGAAUUUAUUCAGAUUUGUCGAGCUGGGUUACUUACAGCUGCUUUCUAUUGGUUGGUUAAUUUGAGUUUGUUAAGUUUGAGUCUGACCAGAGUUUAGUUUAGUCUGCUCAAGUUUUAGUCAAGUUUAGGUUAAUUUAGUGUAGUUUAGUUUAGUUAAGUUAAGUUUAAUUUAGCGAGGUUAAGUUUAGUCUGGUUACAUUUAGUUUUGGUUAAUUUAGUUUAGUAAAGUUUAGUUUAGUUUAGCUAAAUCAAGUUUAGGUUAAUUUAGUUUAGUUAAUUUGAUCUUAAUUCUCUGUUUCAGCUCCACAGGUGAUCAGAUGCUGCAGGUGGACGGCUCUCCUUCGUCUUCCUCGUCUUCAUCAGCAGCGUCUUCCUCCCAGCAGACAGGGGGCGCUGCAGAGCUUCAGGACAAAUGCAGCAAACUGAAGGACAUUGUGGACAGAAUGGUGAGAGUCCUUUCCUCUGAGGGAGACAAAGAUCGGAUUAAUACGAACGAGUCCUGAGGAGGUCAUGAUCUCUAGGGCUGAUGACAUCACUUCCUCUUUGGGAUUCAUGAAUUUACAAAAUAAAAGCUCUUUGAAAAAAGCAGAAUCAUUCAGUGAAACUUUGAGUUCGUUGAAAAACGGUUAAAAGUUCGUCCUUCGCGCUGAUCGGCAUUUGUCCUCCUCUACCUGUCAGGUUGCCGUGGUGACCAAAAUGGAGCGCCUGAUGACAUCACAGCGAGGCAUUCAGGAGCUGGAGGAGUUUCAGUUCGGCCCUGAAGGGAGGAAGUUUCCGCUGUUUCACACCUGGAACACCAAACAGUUCGGUGAGUUCACCUGAGAGACCUCAACGAGAGCCCAGGAGUCUCACCUGUAUGACAUCAUCACAUACACCUGAGCAGAAUGACGCUGCGGACGAGUUAACUCAGAAAGAAAGAUGUCGGAGCUCAACUUAAAUAAACUAAACUUAGCUUAAAUAAACUAAACUAAACUAACCUAAACUAAACUAAACUUAGCUUUAAUUAACUAAAUUAACCUAAGCUUAACUUAACAAAACAAAACUUCACUUUAGCGCUUCUCUUAUAUUUGGACAAAUAACUUUCGUAGAUGUAGCCAUCUUGUUUCCGUCUCCGAUUUUGCUUUUUUCCGACUUUGUAACUGAAACGCUGCGAACUCGGGUGUGACGUUAUUUUCAGCUCCGACAUCUGACUUCGGAGGAAACUCAAACGCAGCAUGACUACACCUGUAUGAUGUCAGAACACACCUGUGUGAUGUCAGAACACACCUGUGUGAUGUCAGAACACACCUGUAUGAUGUCAGAACACACCUGUAUGAUGUCAGUGGAUGUUACGCCUCAUGUCUUUCCGUUCCAGAGGACUCGUCCCGCGUCCUGUUGGACUCGUACCGUCAGGAGCUGAGGUUGAAACAGACGAUCCUGCAGGAAGUGGCUCACACUGCGACCUCUGACCUCUGCAUGGUCUACCUGUCCUGUUGGCUGCACCAGCCCUACGUCCCCACGGAGACCAGGCUGACUCUGGAGGCCCUGCUGCUGGAGACAGGGCACCGCCCCCUCUGAUGUCAUCAGAGUCAGGUGACCAGCGUCAGGUAUUUUGGCUCCGCCCAGGGCCUAAAGCACACCUUUACUGAACAGGUGAACUCAGAGGACCAGCUGGAAGAACCCGAGACGAGUCUGAUACAUCAGUGUCUCUGAGGACCUGGACUCUGAGGACCUGGACUUUGAGGACCUGGACUCUGGACAGUUACAGGUUUUUAAACUCGAUUCUUCUGGACCUGAAAUAACGAACUUUUUAAGUUCCUGUCUGACUUCCUGUUUCCUUUUCUGUAAAUAUUUAUCGUGGAGAUCUUUCUGAUCCAGAACUUUGGAUUUUCUGAGUCUACUGGAGACCCUGAAGUCUUUAGGAACUGAACCAAGACCUGGUCCAGAGUGUUGGUCUACAGAUGUGGUUGUUAACUGUCUGAUUAUCAGACAGCAGGUCAGUCUAGAGCAGAUCUACAGUGUUAACAUGAUAUUUGAUAAAACACAGUUUGAUAUGAACAAAGGAGGAAGAGUCCGGACAAACGUGAACAUUUCCUCACUUAUUAAGAAUAAAAGAAUUCACCUCAGAACAAAGUUAUAAAGACUUUUGAAUUUCCAUCCAGCUGUCUGUACUCAUCAGGAUAUAAAACAUUUAGGGUGAAUAUUAAAGUUUAGAAAAGACGACUUCAGACUGAUCGAUCAGCUGCUGACGGCGAUCAGAGGAAAGUUUGACCCAAACCUGAAAUUUGAAAAAGAUUGAUUAUUAUGUCAGUACCACAUUUCUCCACAGGGGGGCAGUGCCUCUGAUUGGCUGGGAAACAUCUGUACAUCAAACAGAACAUUUUCGCAAUUCUGAAUCUCUGAACCUGACAAAAACCUUUCACAGCCAAUCUAGCCAAUCAGAGGCGAAGGAUGUCGGAGCUUAACUUAACUGAACUGAAUUAAACUAAGCUAAACUAAAUUAACCUAAACUAAACUAAACUUAACUUAAUUUUAUUCAACUAAACCAAAGCCUAAGCUUAACUUUACUAAGCUAAUCUAAAUGAACCUAAACUUAACUUUAAGAAGCUAAAAUAAACUUAACUUUACUAAACCAAACUAAAUUAACCUAAAUUUAACUUAACCAAACUAAACUAAAUUAACCUAAGCUAAAAUAAACUUUAGUAACCUAAACAUAAAAUAACCUAAACAUAACUUUACUACGCUGAACUGAACAUAACUUUAGUAAACUAAAUUAUCCCAAACUAAACUAAACGAACCCAAGCUUAACUAAACUAAACUAAAUUAACCUUAACUAAACUAAAAUAACCUAAACUGAACUGUUUUGGUGAACUGAACAUAACUUUGGUAAACUAAAUUAACCUAAACUUAACUAAACUAAACUAAAUUAACCUUAACUAAACUAGACUAACCUAAACUUAACUAAACUAAACUAAAUUAACCUUAACUAAACUAGACUAACCUAAACUUAACUAAAUUAAACUAAAUUAACCUUAACUAAACUAGACUAACCUAAACUUAACUAAAUUAAACUAAAUUAAACUAAAUUUUAGCUCUUGCCUUUUUUUCGGACAAGGCAAACGCCAAAAUAACUUUCAGCUCCGACAUCUGACAUCGCCCAAUUAGAGGGGAAGGAGGGCGGGACCUUCCCAUACCAUCCUCCAAAAAACCAUCCUACCUCCUGGACAGUCAUGCAAAGACUCGGGUCCGAGUUUGUCACAUCAGUUUAUUGGAGGAACAUGAAAUGUGUUUAAUGCAUUCAGCACUCGAACCAGCAACACGUCAGUAAACUGAAGUCCUCCAGACCGCCCCCCCAGUCCCUCGUCCAAACCAGUACAAACCUUCAGCUUGGAAAAGGUUUCACUGUGAAGUUUUAUAAAAAGUAAUAAAAUAGUGCAACUUUUUUUAAACUUUGUUUUCAUAUUUAUCUACAUAUAAACAGCAACUAAUCUAUCGGAAACAAACGACGACUCCAAACAUGGAAACACUGGAAAAAAACAAACAUAGUUUACAUAUUUUACAAUCACUCCAGAUUCCUUAAAAACCAGCAGGAGGAGCCGCUGCUGACAUCAUCACAGGUGAGAACAGGACCAACCAAUCAGAGAGCAAGCCCAACGAUAAAUAACACUGCUGAGUACGGAGGCCUACGGAGGACACUAAACUCACAAACUGAGAGCUACUCAUAUUUAACAGCUGGAUCUGUCGACCGGAGGGAGGAGAGGGUUAACGGGGACCAGCAGAUCCAGGUUUGGACAUCCAGGUGUCGGACCCAGCUGAGCCGCGGCUAAAGGGAAAUUCUGCUUUUUUCAGGUUAUUUCAGACUCAGUUUCUCCACGACUCUUUGCUGCGAUCAUGUUCGAUGAGUCAGCAGAAAACCAGGAGAGGGUGUUUACAAACUGUCAUUUACCGUCAAAAACCUGGUCCCUCAAAAACCCAGAGAGGACUUAACCCGAGCUCUAAAACCAGGACUUUGACACCACAAACAUAAAUCCGAGACACUGAAGUCCAUGUAAAAAUGCUUUCUGACCGUCUCAGGUGAGUGGAUCCAUCACUCUCUGACACACCAAACCCCACUGAGAAAAACAGGAACUUUACUGAGUAGAACCCAGGAGCCGCCGCUCCACCUCUGACUCCACACACGUAUAAUUGUCUUAUUUUGUUUUACACGUGAACUUUACUGGAGCUGAAGUCCAGAGUUUAAAUCUCACAAACCAGAACAUUUGAUCAAUCACCUUGGAGCGACAGCGCGGACCUGUAAGGUUAAAUUCCUGUUUUUGUGAAUGGAGUCUGGUGGCUCGGAUAGAGCGAUGUCAGGACAGUUUAUAAAACAGCAGAAUUUCCCUUUAACUGUGUUGAAACCUGCGGCGCCGGCUGUCAGGUGACCGUCGAGCAUUUCCCCCUCAGAUGAACUUCAAUCAUCAAACAUGAGGAACGUUAAAUAAGAAAAAACGACUUUAAAAUUUCUACAGAAAAUCCUUUGAUGUUCGGCCUCUGAACAGAGUUUUAUUUUGAAAAACCUUCCAUUUGUUCUUCCUGUUUGAAAUAAAAGCGUCCAGGUGUGACAUUAAAGGAACAGUCCGUCCUGUUUCCCCUCAGAGACACACAACAAGAGUUACAGGUGUGUUUAAGCUCCGCCCCCUCCAGGUAGAGAUGGACUUUCAUUAAGACUAAAGGAGGUCCAGGUCUCUGCAGUCCACGUCUCUGUGGGUCCACAUGUUGGACCCUGAGGACCGGUAGCCAAACAAAAUCCACCCUUAAGUCCAGACUCUCCAGGGUCAGUAUGGUUCUGGUCCUGGUUCAGGUUCACUGGGGGGCUUUGGCUCCAUCCGAAGCCUCGAUACCGAGCAAGGCCUGGACCGCCUCCAGGGGGACCCCCUCUGGGGUCUGGAAGUGCAUGGUGGUCCCAUCCGGCCCGUUGACAAUCACGAUCCGGUCCAGUCCGGGGUCCGCCAGCUGGACGGUCAUCCCGUCGGUCUGGAUGUAGAUCUCCUGACCCUCCUGCAGCUCCUUGGACCCGGACUGAGACGGGUCCUUCUGAGGGGGGGGCUGAGAGGGAGCCUGAGUCUGGACUGAGCUGGACCCAGGUGUCUGGACAGAGCUGGACCCGGGUGUCUGAACCGAGCUGGACCCGGGUGUCUGGACUGAGCUGGAUCCGGGUGUCUGAACCGAGCUGGACCCGGGUGUCUGGACCGAGCUGGACCCGGGUGUCUGGACUGAGCUGGAUCCGGGUGUCUUUGAACUCUGAUCCGGGUUUUUUGAGUCACUGCUGCUCUGGACCUGGUCCUGGCUCUGGGACUGUGGUUCUGCCUUGGCGCCAGUUCGCAGAGGCCCCUCCCCCUGGUUCUCACUUGGGGUCACCUCCAUGGGUGUUGGAGGGGGCGGAGCUUGAGUUGAGGAGGUGGAGGAGCUGGAGG